UGGCACUCUCUUUGCGGAAAGACGGAGGCACCUGGCCUGUGUCUCUCAUCCUGCUGUGAGUCUCUCGCUGUAAGUGUUUGAGUGUGUUGCGCGUGCGGGUCCACCUCUGCAAGCGGCCAUCCAGUGUGCAGGCCCUGACGACGAAAAGAACAUAUAGAAAGGCGACCCCGGCCCUCUCUCUUCUUCCCAUCCAUCAUCGAACCUUCCUUUGCUUCUUCUUCCAUCUACUCUCCCUUCAACCCAGAGGGAUAUACAAGACAAGCAACAGCAGCAUUGAACAAACCUCACUUCGGCUUCCCCUUGCACAAGAAAAGCGCCACACUCUUAACGUUGCUGCAUAUCCAGGGACAAUAACACAAACCCCUCUCUCGACAGCUGCAGAGACAACAAAAGAACGAGCACGGCCGACUGUCUUCCCUUCGACGCGCCGAACAUUCUCUUCUUCUCUUCUUCAUCUUUCUCUUCUUGACGCAAAACAUAUCAACCAGCAACAGCCAUGUCUUCCUCAAAGCAGGCACUCGCAGAGUUCGUCAAGUACCCAGUCUCCAUGGACAUGAUCACGGCCCUCGCCAACAAGGCCAACAGUGUCAUCAGCUGCGGCGAUGACAUGCCAACACCGCCCGUCUCACCCGCGCGCGGAUCCUUCAACAGCGCCUUGCCAUCGCUCGAGACCUUCAUCACUGUCUUGUGCGAAAAGUCGCGUGUCCAGACACCCACCCUUAUGUCGACGCUCGUCUACCUCGACCGCCUCUCCGACAAGUUGCCGCCUGUCGCCAAAGGCAUGCCAUGCACUUGCCACCGCGUCUUCCUUGCUGCGCUCAUCUUGGCAGCAAAGUACCUCAAUGACUCCUCGCCCAAGAACAAGCACUGGAAGUCAUACACCAAUGGCCUCUUCAAGCUCGAGGAAGUCAACCUCAUGGAGAAGCAACUGCUCUCUUUGCUCGAGUGGGACCUCAGCAUCACAGACAUUGACCUCUAUACCUCCCUCAAUGGCUUCCUCGCGCCCAUCAAGAAGCGACACUUGCAACAACAACAGCUCGAGAGCCCUUCAUACGUGUACGCACGCAAGCUCUCCAACUACGCAACGCCGCCCACCUCACCGGCGCCGAUCAUCAUUCCGAGCCAGCAGCACGCAUCACCCAUGUCAUACAUGCCUGCCUCGCCAUUGUAUGCGAUGCACGGUGUCAGCCAUGUUGCUGCACUGCCUACACCGCCUUUGAUGAUGCCAUCGCUCUCAUCCUGCAGCAGUGUUGGCUCACCGCUCGACCUCUCACCGCCACCCAUGUCUGGUAGCAGGCGGUCAUCACAGGUGUAUGCCGCAGGCGGCAACGUUCACAGUCAACACAAGCGCAAGUCUGGCAUCUUUGAGCGAUUCUUCAACUCACAGCAUGCCAUGUCUGCUGUACCCAUCAAGCAAAUUGAGGGCAGCACUCGACGCAUCUCUGUUGCAAGCUACCUUUAACAGGUCACUUGUGUCUCUUCACUCUCUGGUUUUCCUCUUCUUUUCCUAUUUUAUCACAGCGACUGCACCACCUGAGCGACUCAUCUCUAUCAUCCUCUCUGAGGCCUAGCUUAACGCAUCAUAGCAUACUCAAUGCAAUCAUUAAUGACCCAA